AUGUCGAUCAUCCCACAAAAGAGACAUGCUAUAAUUUCUGCUCUAGAUCUCUUUGGCAAAGCCUUUAUUUUCCCAGAGGAAACAGAUACUAGCUAUGUUGUCCUGUCUCCGGAUCAUCCCUUGAAUCUUGAAGCAUUUACACUUUGCAUGAAGGUGGCCUCAGAGUUAUCAUCCAAUCGGGAAGUCAUUCUUUUUGCCUACCGCACCAAGGACUACGAUGAACUCAAUGUGUGGCAAGAGUUUAAUGGUACCUUCAGUUUGUACCUGAGCAGUCCAGGGGUGCACUUCACUGUCCCAGGACUCAACACCUUUGGGAGCCAUAUCUGUGUGACAUGGGACUCCAAAUCCGGUCACACGGCCCUUUGGGUAAAUGGUAAAAGGAGUGUAAGAAAAUUCUUGAGGCCAGGACACAGGAUCUCACCACAGGGCACUGUUAUACUGGGACAAGAUCCAGAUUCUUUCUUAGGUAGUUUUGAGAAGGUCCAAAGCUUUGUGGGAGAAAUCAGCAACCUUUGUAUGUGGGACCAUGUGUUAUCACCCUGCAUUAUCCAGCAUGUGUUCCUUGACCACUCGUUUCCCAAGGCAAAUAUUUUUGACUGGCAAUCGUUAUCAUAUGAAUGUACAGGAAAUGUGAUUGUGGAGUGAUGUGAUGUGUAAUGUGAACAAAGAGGCUUCUGAUGUUCCAACCUUUCAUUUCUCCUAUAAAAGCAUGUGAAAUAAAACAGAUCAAGAAAUAGAGUGAAACACUCUAGAAACGUGUGGGUAUUUUUUACAAGAUAGAUAUUAGAGAUGGCAGAGCCCUUAUAGGCAGCCUAGCUCCAUACCCAAAUAUGUUGACACCAGGCUUG